AUAUUAAUUGUGUGAUUAUAAUACAGUAAUCACAUUAUAAUUGUAACAAUCAAUCAAUCAAUCAAUCGAUUUAUUUUGUGAUUACAAUAACAGCAACAAUACUAAUAACAAACACAACAACAACAAAGUCACGUGACUUUACCGCUAUUGGCCGGACAAAUGUGUGGCCACCCGACGACAAACAACAAACCAAACCGAUAAUAAUCACACAAUAAUAAUGACCUCAUUGUCCGCCACCACUACCGCUACCACCGCCGCGACCACAACAUCAUUGACGGCCAACACUAGUAGUAGUAUAUCAACGCCCGCACAGUCAUCGCUAUUGUUAUCGACGGCCAACCUAUCGUGGACUCCGAGCUCGAGCGGUACGGGUGUGUUGGCCGCACCGCAGCCGCCAAUCGAGCGGCCAGUAGUAGUUGCCUCAUCGUCAUCGCAGAUGUCGUCGCCGACGCAAUCGGAUCACUCGAGCUUUCAUCAUAUGACACACGAAGAAAUUAUUGCAUCCCUCAGACAGGAAGUGGUCACUACUACUACUACUACUAUCGAUAGCACCGGUAGUCCAAUACUGGACGCCAGUUUUCAGACCAUAUCGUUGGCCGACACCAAUACGGGAGUAGUAGGAGGAAGAGGAGGACAGCAAUCACUACUAAGUGGUGUCGAUGAUGACGAUGACGGCGGCGGUGGUGACAGCGAUGAUGACGGCCAACAGUCGACCACCAGUUCCCUAUCGUCUGCCUAUGCCUACAAUCAACGCCAGACACAGAAGUUAUCGUUUAUUGAGUCGCUGUUUCAGCGGACACAAUCGCUGGCCGCACCCGUACUGACAGCAGCAACGGGACGGUCGGCCGCCACCACCAAUACCACCACUGGUGCUGAUGUUAACAGAGGCGGCGGCUCUGGUAUAUCAACGCCCGGCAGUCCGCCACAACUGUACUCAUCUCCAGAUUCACAGCCAUUAGCGCCGCCGCCGACAACAGCGUCGCCAACCGAUACAAACAUAUCAUCAUCGCCUGUACCGACAGUACCUUCUCUACCGCUGCCGCCUCCGCCGCCUCCCAUAGCACCUCCAGUUGAUAGUAUGCCGUCGACAAUGGACACACCUAAACGCGAUUUCAAGCUUAAAGGUCCGCUACGGCUAUACGAUCCAAAACAUGGCUCAUCCAGCUUUUCCAGGCCUCCUCCUCCUACUACUACUACUGGUGUUGUAUCUCUAUCACAACAACAACAACAACAUGAAUCAACUGUACCAUUGAUGGCACCGAUAGAUCCAUUGUCGUCAUCGUCAUCAUCGAUGAUACCACCGUUUGUGCCGCCACUUCCCACCAGUGGUGUUGGUGGCGUCAGUCUAUACAAUCCACUUGAUUACUAUAACACUGAUAGUUGUGGUGCACCCGAAACUCUGGACCCAACAACAACUACCACCAGUGCAUACACUAGUGGUACUGAACCGCCAUUUGACUUAACCCAACCUAACUAUUCAUCCAUGACUAUAGCACCCAUAGUAGGUGACUGCGGCUCCUCCAACACCACUGACUAUAUAUCAUUUGUUAGUCAAACGCAACAACAACAACAACACCAACAACAAUCAGUAGCCUCGGCUACCGCUCAAAUGUAUGACCAACAAUACGGCGAUUGGUCACAACAACAACAACAACAACCACCAUCAUCACUGGCAACGGCUGCGUCUGCGGCACCGGUAGUAACCUACGAACCGAUAGUCCAUCACUGGUUCUAUCAGUUGCCGAUUGUCGGCGGCGGCGGCGAACAUCAUCAUCAACACAAUCAACAACAACAACAACAGGUGUGGCAACCGUUUUCGCUGUACGAUUCCUAUAACUUGGAACAGGCAUUGAUCGGAUCGCCGAACUACGGCUACGGUAUGGUCAUUGCUACCGACGGCGGCCGAUACGAUGUCAAUGUCUACGACCGAUGCCGACGGCCCGUCUACUGGCAAGACUCGGAUACUGUUUGUCGCCGGUGUUCGUGGUUUUACAAACUCGAAGGCCAUAACCGAUGGGCACCCUAUGAUGAGGACGUAUCGGUUAAAUUGGAGGCCACCUACAGGCAGGCCGUAUUGGCCAACCAAUGGAAUGCUAGGGUAGAGCUGGAAUCUGGCCAGGAAGUAGUGGUCAUGCACGGCCAACAAUGUAUUUAUCAUUAUCAAGUGGAUAGUGCAAUGCCCGACGGCUGGGGACAGGCUAUCGAAAACCCUCAUCGACCCCGUCAAGUACAUCGGGGACCGUUAGACGGUGGCCUAGGUUUCGAUAUCGAUGAAGGCGAACCCGAACAAAUCGAUCAUCUAGUGUUUUUGAUUCACGGUAUCGGCGAGAUAUGCGAUUUUAGGUUUCGGUCGAUUGUCGAAGUGGUCGACGAUUUUCGGGCAAUCAGUAUACAACAGAUGCGCCAACACUAUCGAUCGUAUAUGGAAAGAGGACAGUUGGGUCGUAUUGAAAUGUUACCGAUAUCGUGGCAUCAGUCGUUGCACGGCCAGGAAACCGGUAUCGACGAUCGGCUGAAAUUGAUUACAUUGGACAGUAUACCUAAGCUCCGGCACUUUAGCAACGAUACUAUUCUGGACGCACUGUUCUAUACGAGUCCUGUCUAUUGUCAGACAAUUGUCUCGAGUGUUGGACACGAAUUGAAUCGUUUGUUUCAAUUGUUUUGCCAAAGAAAUCCCAACUUUUAUGGCACAGUAGCACUGGGUGGUCAUAGUCUCGGUUCACUUAUUGUAUUCGACAUACUGGCCCAUCAGCACCUGGAUCAACAUCAUCAUCAUCAUCAUCAGCAACAGCAGCAGCCAUCACAAACACCAACAACAACAACAACAUCAGAUACUACCGGAGCGCCUGUAGAUAUCAAUAGCACAACAACGACUAACGAUAUAGUAGUGGCGGACAGGGAUGUCAGCAGUCCAAUAGUUAGCUAUCAGUUUGAACCACUCGGACUCGGGUUUCCGGCCAUCAACUAUCCGCAACUGCCGUUCAGGCCGUCGGCAUUUUUCGCUAUGGGUUCACCGUUGCCAAUGUUUUUGACUGUACGCGGUGUCCAAUACCUUGCGCCCGACUACCGAUUGCCUACCUGUCCAGCUGUUUACAACAUAUUUCAUCCGUACGAUCCUAUCGCCUAUCGACUGGAACCGAUGAUCUAUCCAUCAUUCAAACAAAUCAAACCCGUUCUCAUACCCCAUCAUAAAGGCCGUAAACGUAUGCAUCUGGAGCUCAGGGAUAGCCUGGCCAGGGUUGGCACCGACAUAAAAAACAAGAUUUUCCAUUCAAUUAAAUAUACAUUGAAUUCUAUACACGAAUUUGCCUCCCGAUCGGCCAAUCGGCCUUCAGCCGUUGUUAGCCAAUCGUCGUCGUCGACUACUACUACUAAUACUACCGGUGCCGGUGUUGGCGGCUCAGGUAGUCAUGACUAUGGAGACAACAAUGAUGGUGUAGAUGCCGAUAGUGUCUACAAUCCGUUAGUCAAUAACAAUACCACCGCUGCUGCUGCUGCUGAAGUGUUGGACGGUAUGCCCGACGAUGAUGACGACCAACAACACGGUGUUGGCCUAAGUCCCGGUGCACUGAACAGCGGCCGCCGAAUCGAUUACGUACUCCAGGAGUCACCCGUCGAAGCCUUCAACGAAUAUUUGUUUGCAAUGGCCGCACACGCCUGCUAUUGGCAAUCGGAAGAUACGGCACUAUUGAUGCUCAGGGAACUGUACGGCCAAUUGGGCUACUAUUCCGAUACAACUACUACUGCUAGUACUACCGGUGCCGCCGCCGACGCCAUGCGACCAACAAUACCAGUGCAAUCAGUCUCUACACCAUUAGCUACCAGUGCAUCGAUAACUAGUGAUAGUUUGUCAUCGCCGCCGCCGCCGCCGCCGACUGGACAGACAUCCAGUUCCGUACAGUUGUUUACCGAUAAUACAGAAACAAGUGUACAGUUUAUAAGUCAUUGAUAGUUAUAGUUAUUAUUAUUAUUAUUAUUAUAAUUAC